UUUUUUAAAUGAAAUAAUAACCUUUAUUUUAAACUUACCUUUUAACUUGUGCAGUUAUUUCUUUACCAUCUUUAUAGCCAUUUUCGCUCGGAUUACUACACUGGCCAACAAAAAAUUAAAUACUUCAAUUUUUAAAUCGAAUAUAAAAAAUAAAUAAAACUAUUUCUGCAAAACACAAAUGUAUCCAUGGAAGAAAAUGAGAUGUUUUAUUUGUAACCAAUAAUUACAGCCAAAAAUAUUAAAUUUAAGUAUUUAAAAUAUUAAAAAUAACACAAAAAACUUUAUAUCGCCAGCAGUUGUUUUGGAGGGAAUUCAAAAUGUUCCUUAAGGAGAUAUAAUAGUAUACGCAUAGUAAAUUUGAAACUAAGUUCAACCAGCCAACGAUUGUUUCAAAUAGCGAAACUUCAAAUAGCAUGGGUAAAAACAGCUGUAAGGACAAUUAAGGGUAUAACAGCCUAUUACCUUAUAUGAAAUCUUAAUCAAGAAACUGAAUAAAAUGAAUAAUUUUAGACCUUUCUUUUGGAACCCUAAUGAACGUGGUCCACCACCAUUUCCACCUGGUGGCUUCCCAAUGCCACCAAUGGCUGGGUUCCCAGGUGGUCCUCCGCCAGGUUUCAUACCACCCCCUAUAAUGCCUCCUGGCCCACCCAUGGCACCACCUUUUGGUAUGCCUCCACCAGGUUUUGGAUUUCCGCCAGGACCCAAUCCAGUUGUUCCGGAAAUUCCUAAAGAUUCUGGAAAGCCACCUCCUGUUGAAAAUGAUAAAUCUAACGGCUCAGAUGAAAGCAAAGAAAAGAAAGUUGAAUGGACUGAACAUAAAUCACCAGAUGGAAGGACUUAUUACUAUAAUACUGUAACAAAAAAGAGUUAUUGGGAUAAACCGGAUGAGCUGAAAUCACCAGCUGAGAGGAAGUUAUCACAGUGUCCUUGGAAGGAAUAUAAAUCUGACUCAGGAAAAGUUUACUAUCAUAAUGUUGUUACUAAGGAAUCUCGGUGGACAAUUCCCAAAGUACUUGAAGAACUUAAAGCCAAAAUUGAAGAAGAUGAGACUGACAAAGAGAAGCCUGAAGAAGCAAGAAGUACGACACCAGCUCUACCAGCUGAACAAAAUUCAGCAACCAUACCUAUGCCAACAAGUGCGGCUGAAGUAACAAAAUCAACUACUCCUCCACCUAUUACCAAUACCAAAUCAGCUUUGGAUCAAGCUAUGGCUGCAACUCUUGCUGCAAUAAGCGUAGCGACUCCUCCUCCACGAGCAGAUGAAGAUAGCAAUUCAAACCUAUCUAUUCCUAGUAGAACUGCAACUCCUGACCCAAAAAUAUCUUACAAAGAUAAAAAAGAAAUGGCUGAAGCAUUUAGAAAUCUUCUCAAGGACAAGGAUAUUCCAAGUAAUGCAUCCUGGGAACAAGCUGUCAAAUUAAUUGUAAAUGAUCCUCGUUACCCUCAGCUAAAACAUUUUAGUGAUAAGAAGCAAGUCUUUAAUGCUUAUAAAACACAAAGGAGAAAAGAAGAAGCCGAAGAGCAGAGGUUGCGAGCAAAGAAAGCAAAAGAAGAUUUAGAACAUUUUCUUAUGACAACUGAUAAAAUGCACUCUACUAUGAGGUAUUAUCGAUGUCAAGAAACCUUUGGUCAUCUUGAUGUUUGGAAAAAUGUCCAUGAUUCAGACCGCCGUGAAAUAUAUGAGGACUGCGUAUUUAAUCUUGCCAAAAGGGAGAAGGAAGAGGGUAAAGCCAGGAAAAAGAGGAAUAUGAAGCAGUUAGCCACAAUUCUUGAUUCCAUGACUCAAAUCGACCAUCGAACUACGUGGCAAGAAGCGCAACAAAUGCUUCUUGAUAACCCAAAUUUUGUUAAUGAUGCUGAUUUACUAGGCAUGGAUAAAGAAGAUGCUCUUAUAGUAUUUGAAGAUCAUAUAAGAGAACUUGAAAAGGAAGAAGAGGAAGAGAAAGAAAAAGAAAAAAAGCGCAGGAAGAGACAGCAACGUAAAAACAGAGAUGCAUUUGGUAUGCUGUUGAAUGAAUUACAUGAAGAAGGAAAACUUACAUCUAUGUCAUUAUGGGUAGAAUUAUAUCCAAUUAUUAGUGCUGAUUUACGAUUUUCAGCAAUGUUAGGACAAUCAGGUUCAACGCCAUUGGACCUAUUCAAAUUUUAUGUUGAAGAUUUGAAAUCAAGGUUUCAUGACGAAAGAAAAAUUAUAAAAGAAAUCUUAAAAGAAAAAGGUUUUGAGGUUGAGGUGUCAACAACUUUUGAAGAAUUUGCGACUGUGGUUUGUGAAGAUAGAAGAUCUGCCACUCUUGAUGCAGGAAAUGUCAAACUUACUUACAAUGCUCUCCUAGAAAAGGCUGAAUCAAGAGAAAAAGAACGUGUUAAAGAAGACCAAAGGAGGCAAAGGAAAGUGGAGUCAGCAUUUAGGAGCCUUCUGAAAGAUUAUGAUGUAGAUUACACUACAGAUUGGUCUGAAAUAAGGGACAAAAUUCAAGGUGAAGAAGCAUUCAGAACGCUUUCAAUAGAAGCUGAUAGACUGAGGGUGUUUAAGGAAUAUCAACAAGAAAUCGAAGAAGCUUGUAGCCAUCACCAUACAAGAUCAAAGAAAGCUAAGAAAAAUAAAAAGAAUAAGAAGCGUUCGCGUUCAAGAUCACCUAUUUCUGAAAGUGACUCUGAUAGAGGAUAUAAAGAACGAUCUAAGAGAUCAAGGAGACAUAAAUCAAGAUCAGCUUCUGAGUCCUCAGAUUCAGAACACCGAAGAAAAGCCAAAAGGAAGAAAUCAAAGAAGAAAAGGGGACAUUCACACAGUCCCAGGGGAGAGUCUGAUGAAAAGAGAGAAACGGAAAGCAAAAAGAGCGGCACGCCUACAAGUCCCUCUUAUGAUGCGAAACCUGACAGGUCGGAAGAUCUCUCAGACAGCGAACUUGAGAAGAGGAGGAUAGCACUUCUCCAGCAGUUGCAUGAAGAAGUGGAAUAGGCUGUAUAUUAUAUACUGUCAUACCCAAAUUGUAUAGUUUUUACAAAUUUAUUUAAAGACAAUGGUGAAUUUUAUUUUAUUUUUAUUUUUUAAUUUUCUUGGUAAAAUAAAUUAUCAAUCUAUAUGUACAAUAUUAUUUAUCAUAUUGAGUUAGGGUAUAUAAUAAAUUUCACAAAUUAAUAAAUGUUACAUUUGUAACCCAUCCCAAUUUAAAUAUUUUGUAAUUGAAAUUAAAUAAUACCAUAUAAUUCCCUAAUCACUUUCAUUGGCCAAGAUAAAUCAUUCCUAACUUUUGGGUAAGUACAAAAAAGUAUUUCUUUCUGGCAAUAGACUUAUUUUUGUUUUUGUUUUAAGGGCAUUGGAUAAUUCCGCACAGCCAGUUUGAAAUUUAUGAUGUUCUUAGGUAAUUUUGGACUAAACUUGUUUCUUAAUUGUUUUAAAAUAUUUUAACUUAUCUGAUUAAAUUAUAUUACUUACCUGACUCUCUGACGGUAUUUGUUUAUAUGUAAUGUUGUUAUUGUCUGUCUAAGUUGAUAGACUUCAUAUGUGUUGAAACUUAUAAGGAAUGAUCAAAAAAUUGUUUUGAAUAUUUUUUAUACUGCGACUAUAAAAAGGAUAAAAAAUAAUUAGGAAAUUGCUAGGUAAUCAGUUCUCAGUGUACACUUAGAUGUUUCUACAAAAUUGAAUCUUGUUAAGUUAUAUUUAAUUUUAUUAAAAUAUCAGAAUGAAAUGUUAAUUCAGAAAAAUGCUAUAGAAGUUAUAAAGAUAUUUGGUAUGAUUUCAUUUCACAUCUAGAUUUAGUGAUCUUGUUAAAAAUGCCAACAUUUCAAUAUAGUAAAUUGUAUUUAUGUAUUUAUAAAUAUUUUUAAUUGAGCUAGUAAGAG